GCGAAACUCACCGAUUUGUGCCUAACUGGCCUCAAAAAAUAAUGUGCACUCUGAACUGGAUGCUGAUAUUUACAUUUCCGCUUUUCAUCUGACAUCUACAUAACGAUUUGCACUCGUAUUUCCGAGAGAGCGAUUCAGUAUGUGGGUCAUUUUAUAGAGCCAAAAUGUCGCCUUUUCUCUUUACUUCCACACACACUCUCUCGUGGCACAAACAGAUGGCGUCGGGAGGGGAAUGGAGGGAGUGAAAAAGAGCCGCAUAAACGAAGAGAGCAGGCCCCACUCGCCGUCACUUAGCCUAGCUCACUAUAUGACCGGAGCAAAACUUAAGACAGGCCCAUCCUCAUGAGGUCUGGAGUUUCUUUUUCAACUCUUUACGUCUCGAUGGAGCUGCUGAUGCUGAGUUUUAAGAUGUAGCUAGCUAGCUUGCUAGUGAAUUGGGAUUUGUUGUAGUGUAGGUCCAAGGGUAUUCGUUGCCAUAUUUAAGAAUGAAGACAGAGAGAGUGAAAGAAUACGGUCUCCGUUUUAAUCACGGCGAGUGUUUGUCUACAUCUCUGACUGAAGGUCAGGUGCAUCAUUGUCACCUCACAGAUCUCCAGAUCAACUGAAAGAGCAGCAGCAUCACAGCUUGAACUUUUAUGCAUCAAGUGUUCAUACUCGCUUUGAAUGAGGCAUGAUGGUUAAAUCUGACUUUGAAGACCACAUCCAAACAUUUGUUGAUUUAUAUGAUUAUGAAGUGGAUGUUUUAAGUGAUGGUUUUGAUGGAAGGCCAAUAACUACACAGGUCCACUUAACGCCCGCUCAUGCCAAGAACGGAAACUAUAAAGAGAUAACUAUAACUAAGUAUACUACCACAUGCAGCAUAACGUGGUUUAUUUUGAAGACUAACUAUAUUCGUGCAGUUACGUCGCGUACCGCUUUAAAAGUGCCAGCUCUUUAAAGUUCAGUGGAUUCUGAUUGGCUGUCAGGGUGUUGCGUUGUGUUUUUAUUAUUCAUCAUAUGGAAAAGUCGUUCUUAAAGUUAUUGCAAAUUUGUCAUUUGUCCGUGCUGUUAAAGUACUGUUCACACUGUUAUUGUUAGUACAUGGUGAGAAUGUUUCAUGUGCAUAAAGCAGUUUAAAAGCCUAUCAAACAGCUGUUGAAUGAUGAAAAGCACAUUGUAUGUAAAGACAUUUGAGUUAAUAUUGUGAAUAUAUGUUGAUUUCAUUUAUGCUAUUUGGUGUAUCCCCGUUUGUCACAAUUUAAAUGUUUAGUAAUUGAUUAAUAUGUGUAUAUCGGCCACCGCCUGUUCAGCUAUUAGGUGUAUCGGUCAUUGAAAAACCCUCUACUAACUAUGUUUUUUCCAUGUAUAUGGAAAUUAACAGGUUUGUCGCAUGGCAUAAUAUGUAGGCCAUCAGAUAUCAGCUUGCAUUAGUUGUGAAUCGCUUUUUUUUUUUUUAAAUCUUAGUUCUUAUAAAGACGAAGUUGACGAGAGGUGUGGGUUAUCAGUUAUGUUCUAGGGCAAGGAAGCAUUUACUGUUUUUAAUGCUAUAAAAUCAAGCAACACCUGUUUCCCUCUAUCACACACUCCUUAUUGGCAUUAACGGUUUAUUUCAGGUAUCUGUAGAUGUGAAUGAUAUUGGCGGUCCUUAUUACAAUUAUAACCUUGACAAAUCUAACAGUAUGUCUUUAUAAUUGUAGCUCUACUUGAGAUGCAUUGGCUGGACAGAUGGUCGUUAAAUUCUUGCAUGUGUUUCUGCUUGCUUGAUGUAAUGCACAGUAAUCAUUACUGUUGAGAUUUUGACAAUAACAUGUUUAUCUUAUAACAAUAAUGGGCACGAUUUAUAGAUAAUAAUAAAUUAGUGCAUUUGUACCCUAUGUAAUAUUACACAGUGAUGGAGCUUGAAAGAUGUCUGUACUAUAUUUGUGAAAAGAAUAGAUGCAGUUUAGAUUACACUGUAAUUACUGACUCUUUAAAGGCCUUGCCACAUGGAAUGACUUAGUGAAUUUUCUUGCUUUGUUCUAAUGUAAACCUUAUCAUGUAAUGUGUCUAUAGCAACGCAUUAGGCUUGAUUGACUUAGAUGUUAUUGUAAACAGUCCAGUGAAUCAUGCCACAAUGUUCUUUAGCUUGGUAUUACUUCAGCUACCUGCUGUACCUUUGCUACUGCACUCUGAAAACUAUAAAUGCAGUGAGCAUCUCUCUCUGUGCGGCAUAUCACAAACAGCUUCUGUUUGUAUGUGGCCAGCAUCUAUAUUAGUUGUACAUUUGAGGCAACAAAGACAAUUGGAGAGUAAGAAUAGCACAUUAAUGAUUUUUAAAAAUUGUGCUUUGUGAUACUGAAGUAUACAAGGUUUUUGUGCAGGUGCUAUUUAAAUGUCGAUGAAGUGUUUAGCAGAUAAAGGAAAAGUUAAUCUGUAUGGUUGCUUGGUUUCACAAAUGUACAGAUUCUAAAUUGUAACUUUUUUCCAUCUUAGGCCACUAGUUUCCAAUUGUAAAAAAAUGUGUUUGUUGUGAGUGUAUCAACCUGACUGUACCUCUUUGUUGUUUAAAAAUGUCAUAUGAUAAAUUUCAUGCAAAUAAUGGAUGAAAUCAUAAUGAAGAGUUACUGUAUGUUGCCGGAAAGCCCUCAUUAAAUAUCACAGACAGGUGCUUGAAAUAUCAUAGUGUGUGAGCUCUGUAGGAUAAACAAGUUCAGAACAACUAUCUAUCAUGUUUGGCUCAAUUAGAAUCUAAUUCGGAGUUUGAAAAUGUAUAGCUUUGUCAGUUCCAGUGUUGCCAUAGUUGCUGUUUUGACUUCGUAGGGUAGAAAUGCAGCAUCACAUAUGGACUGCUGCCUCAUUCACAUUCAUGGAUGCUGCAUACUAGUUCAUUAAUCAAAGCCUUACCCACAUCUGAUAUGCAUCUUUUUUUUUCUUUUUCACUUCUUCCCUUUAAUACCCCCACAACAUACAAUCAAACUGACUUAACUUUCCUUAUUCUGGAGUUUUUCCUCCAUCCUCCCCUUCCUCUGUUAUUCAUUUUCUGUCCUUUCCCAUUUCUCUCUUUCUGUAUCUUUCUCUCUCUCUUUCCUCCCUCCCCCCCUCUCUCUCUUUCUCCAUCUCUCUCCCCUCCCUCUCCUGUUCUCUUUAUCCCCUCCCCUCUCUCCCUCUAUUGCUCUCUCACCAUUUGCUCUCUCACAAAACCUCCCUCCCUCUCUCCCUCUAUCUGUCCUGACUGGUAAAGGCUUCUCUUCUCCUCCCUCAUCCCUCCAUUUUCUCUUCUUUGACAAUCCUUCUCUUUCUCAACCAUUUUGUAUGGAGGCAUAUCUACUAAUCUUAAAUCCCAAAUCAAUACUUAAUAAUUGCAAAUGUAUGUAAUAAGGUGUAAUUAUAUCCAACAGUUUUGAAUGAACUUUAAUCACUUCUUAACAAUGGGACCCAUUCAUUAAACACAAGCCGAAUGAAUUUGUGUGUGUGUAUGAGUGGUUCAUAAAACCAUUCUUACAUAAAUUGUGACUUCGUCAGAAUGACUUCACAAACAAUUCACACAGAUUUGUUCCUCUUGUUUCCAUGACUGUGGAUGCAUAUGCAUUUCCAUAAUUAUACAGUUAUCUAGUUAUUUACAGGUUAAUCAAGCUAAAUAAUGCAAAUCAAUAAGCUGUUACUAUAUAGCAUAGGCUCUCAUACAUUAUUGCUUAUUUGUUCAAAUAUACAGCUUGUAAUUAGUUAUUUUGUCCAAACCAAGUUAAAGCUGCGACAUAAUGAAAGUUGCAAUCGAUAUUUUAUUUUGUAUUGUGAUGCAUAUCAAAAGGAAAUAAAUUUCCAUUUCAUUACUUUAAUACAACACAUGUAUUGUAUAUUUCUUUUUAUUUUUAGUUUUGUUUGUGUGCCUAUAUGUAUCUUUUUGGAUCAUGUAGACUGUAUUUGUGCACCCUCACAUGGAAAGUGUGGCAUAUGAAUGUGAAGGCAUUUAAAGAACAGCAAAGUUUAAAUGCAUCGUUACCGGCUUGACACAGUUUGAACUUUGAAUGGAUACUCAUAUAAUAAGACCAUAAAUGCACAUCACAUAGUCUGCUGAGCAUUACAACAGAGAGAUGUGCUGAACGCCCCUGUUUCUCAGCGCACAGGCCAAAAGGUCCUCGUCUGGCACAGACUCUCUCAGAUGCAUGUAUGCUCGCUCCUCUCUGUUCUUCCUGGAGUAUGGGGGUGAAGCGUUGUUUUUGCAUAUCGAACCUGUCACUUUUUUUCAUCUACUUAUGCAUUUCCAUUACCUACUCCUUUUCAUAUAAUCUCAAAUCAGUAUUGUUUUAUAGAAUACAUCUUGUGUAUACCUUUUAUUUGCUUUGUUGCCGCUUCCUUCUGUUCAUCUUCUCUUGGUGUGCGUGCUGUGACGUACAUGAUUCCGUAUAUGUUAAUGGCAGAGCUCAUAAUCUUUUCACAGCAUGAAUGUUUGUGUUUUCAAACAUGUUUCGCAAGUGUAUGCAAGAGAGAAUUUCUGAGUGAGAGAGUAUCAGGAAUAAAUGGAGAGAAAGAACGAACGAAAUAAAGAAAAGAAGAAUGAAAAAGAGGGGGAGGGAGUGAGGGAAAAGAGCACUGUGUAUGUGUGUAUUCUUGCUUGCGCCAGAGAGAGAGAGAGAGAGACAGACAGAAAGAGAGAGAGGGGAGUGGGGGAGGGGAAAUCAGAGAGAGAAAAAGAGUGAGAGAGGAAAAAGAGAGCACACAAACACAGAGAACAGAGAGAGAGAGAGUGCAAGAAACACAGAGGAGAGUGUGUCUGUUCUGGUACUGAAAACAUGUAAUGUAUGAAGGGGAGGGCAGCGGGUGAAUUCGAACCUGUGACUCUGCGUCAGAAUGAGAUCUCUCAAACACCUGAAGCCACAGACCAAGAAAAAUGUGGAGGAGAAGACACAGCGGCUGGUCAGAUGUUACUCUGAGGCCAUGCACCAGCAGAUGGACGUAGGGACACAGACAGACCCUGUGGUGGUCCUGUCGCUGGCCCAAGCUGCUGUGUUGGGACUCAUCUCCCAGAACGAGGUCUUUGGCGCCACCAUCGCCCCCAACGGCUUUUACACCGGAGACCCCAAAGAGUCCCCUGCUCCACCAGGUGAGAGAAUGGACUACGAGUACGCCGACCAGCUUAUAGGUGCCAACGGUGACUAUCUUGGGGAGAAUUUGGGCGAGGAUGGGCACAUGCACUCCAGCUGUGCUGAGAGAAGGUGGCAGGGUCAAUCCGAGAACAGCAAACCCCCUAUAGGGCACCAAGACAUGGCAUCGCACGUUAAAGGAGAAGCCGUUACCCCAGGUUUGCCCUCCUGCACUCACAUGAUGAACAACAUGGUGUCCAGAGAAGGCAUGCAAAUGGUCGACCCCUCCAGCUAUAGGGUCCUGCCCAAAGCCCAACCCAACAACUGCUGCUCCACCUGUGUCCGAGACCCCAAGAGUACGCAUCCUCCACCCGAUCCACAUUUACACCCUCAUUCCCAUGGCCACGCACCUCAUGAGGUACCUUCACGCAACAGGGGCCAAACACAUGAAAAAGGAGUAGAUGAGGUAACUGAGGUCAGGGAAAAUGGGAGAAAUGGUAUGGGGAAAGCAGGAACCGGUGGCGAGGAAAUUAGCAGUUACUUUCAGCCGAGCGAGGCUGGCUAUGAAGGUGGCGAGAUGGAAGGAGUCGGAGACUUCGAUGAGAACAAUGAGGCGAUGUUCUGGACAGAGCCAGUGGAAGAAGAGGCACCCCGUGGGCGCCGUAUUGACCGACUGGACAUCAACAUCCAGAUCAAUGAGUCAUACUGCGUGGACGUCGGCGAGGGCCUCAAGCGCUGGAAGUGCCGCAUGUGCGAGAAGUCGUACACCUCCAAAUACAAUCUGGUCACACACAUUCUGGGCCACAAUGGCAUCAAGCCACAUGCAUGUCCUCACUGCGGAAAACUCUUCAAGCAGCCCAGCCACCUACAGACGCACCUGCUGACGCAUCAGGGCACACGGCCACACAAGUGCACAGUGUGCAAGAAGGGCUUCACCCAGACCAGCCACCUGAAGCGGCACAUGCUGCAGCACACCGAUGUUAAGCCCUACAGUUGCCGUUUUUGUCGCCGUGGUUUUGCAUACCCUAGUGAACUCCGUGCUCAUGAAGUAAAGCAUGAACGAGGUCGGUGCCAUGUUUGCUCGCAGUGCGGAAUGGAGUUUCCCACUUACGCCCACCUGAAGCGUCAUCAGGUGAGCCACCAAGGGCCUUCCACCUUCCAGUGUAGCCAGUGCAACAAGUCUUUUGCCUACCGCAGCCAGCUGCAGAAUCACCUGCUGAAGCACCAAACACAGCGCUCCUUCUCCUGCAGUCAGUGUGGCCUGCAGUUUCUUCAGCUGCAUCAGCUACGCCAACACUCCCUCACACACAAGACAAACAAGCCUCAGGCCCGUGCUACUAAGGGAAUAAAGGGGUUUAAGUGUGAUGUAUGUGCCAGAGAGUUUACACUGUCUGCAAACCUGAAGAGACACAUGUUAAUCCACGCCAGUGUCCGGCCAUUCCAGUGUCAUGUGUGCUUCAAAUCUUUUGUCCAGAAACAGACCCUCAAAACUCACAUGAUCGUACACCUGCCUGUGAAACCCUUCAAGUGCAAGGUGUGUGGAAAAUCAUUUAAUCGAAUGUACAACCUCUUGGGCCACAUGCACCUCCAUGCAGGCAGUAAACCCUUCAAAUGUGCAUACUGCUCAAGUAAAUUUAACCUGAAGGGAAAUCUUAGCAGACACAUGAAAGUCAAACAUGGAAUGGACGUCUCUCCAGAUGGACAAGAUGGCCCGCCCGACAUGGAGCCCCAUGAGGACUAUGAGGAUGAGAACUUCAAUUUUACAACACCAGAGAAUAUGGAAAAUAAUGAUGCGCCAAACCUAACUAAGCUCUCCGAGGUUGCCAUCCAGGAACUUGACUAUUAUAACUUUGGAAAAGAUGUGGGAAACUACAGUACAGGAUAAAGAAAUACUGUCUGAAUUACAAGUAACAAAUGGCCUGUGCUGGCACUUAUCAAACAUGAGGUGAUUGAGAUGUUCCUCUUUGAGAACCACUGCUACCCUUUUUGAAGUUGUUGAUGAGCAGGUAGUUGGAGUUCAUCUUGACCUCCUGGGGUUGAUUUAAUGAGGUAGCCACUCCAGUUCUGUCUCUAAUUAAAAAGGCACUGGUAGUUUUGCGAAGAGUCCUUUGACUCGAUCCAGCUCGAACAAACAUCAACGCUGUAUUUUUAGUAUGUUGUGAAUCACAUGGUUACAUUAAUAACCAAAACAUUAGCAGCAUAAAAUGCUGGUGCAUACACAUACAGUCUCGUGUAACGUAAUACACACUGUCCUCCAAAUAUAACUUUGUUUGGGAAUAUGGGAAUAGCAGGUGCAUGCAGCCUUGUGGCCUUCAUCUGUGUGGUACCUCAAAGCAGUCGAUUUACUUAUUUUCAUUUACAUUGCCUUUACUUACAGCAGCACACAUAAACACAAACUCAUAGCAUAAAACAAAAAACAUGUAAAGCCUAUGUAAAUGGUUGGAUAUCUGCAUGAGUUGAUAGGCUUGUGUGGGUAAAAAAAAAAAAAAAAGAGGAAUAAAGAGUGAGUGUGUGCCUGGGCCGUGUACCAAAGCUACUGGAACAGGACCAUAUGCUGCCCAUUCCUGAUCUACAGUUUGGUUUAACAACCUCUGCGUGGAGAAUUACGGUUCUGUUAUAUUGAUUUGCUAUUUAUUUUGCACUUUGAAAAAGCCAAUUAAUUACUUCUGAUGAGCCUCUUUCGUCACUGACUGUUUGAGUUCUGGUAAAACUAAAAGAGAUAAGGCCUGUGUCCCAUUCGUAAGAAGCGGUUUCUUAAGUAAUCAACUCUGUAGAUUCGUAAAUAAACUUUUUUUUUUAAA